CGGUCUUCACCGCCGGCAGAGAGGGAGAGAGAGGGAGAGAGAGAGAGAGGGGAUGGGGACCCGGGAGUUCCCGCUGCCGAUGUGCUUCGAGCUCCUCCUCGGCAAAGAGCGUGACCGGUGGCCGCUGGAGGCCAGGCUCAUCUGCGCCGCCCACCAAGGCAGCGUCCGCAAAAUCAAGAAGAUGGCAAAGGAGCUGGACGUGCAGGGGCGCGGCAUCCCAGCAACGGUGGCCAACACCACCUACAUGGGCAUGAGCGCCCUCCACACCGCCGGUGGCUGUGGUAGCCUGCCGGUCUACCGGUACCUCGUCGAGGAGGUCAAGAUGGACGUCAACAAGACCGACACCGCUCAGGGUUAUACCCCCCUGGAGUAUGCUGUCCAGAAUGGGCACCUCCCUGCCGUCAGGUACCUCCUUGACCGCGGCGCCGAUCUGCACCAGGAACGUUCCAGCAUCACUCUUCUUCAUUCAGCUGCGGUUCAUGGGCGGUCAGAAAUAGUAAAGUUUCUUCUUUCUAAAGGAGCUGAUGUUGAUGCACUAUCAGAUCUUGGGACACCGCUCACUCUUGCAUCUCUUCGAGGACAUGCUAGUGUUCUCAAGAUCCUUUUGCAGCACAAUGCAGAUCCCAACAAGGGUAAUGGUCUGUUUGUACCUUUAGACAUGGCAUUACGCAAAUCCUUUGUGCCCUGUGUGAAGCUAUUGAUUCAGGGUGGGACUAAUGUGAGCGGUGAUAAUCCUUUGGCAAAGGCUGCAGAGAAGGGCUUAACUGAAGCUAUUAAGUGCUUGUUGGAAGCUGGUGCAAACCCAAAUGUUCUUGACAGGUUUGGCAGAUUGCCUAUAGAGUUGGCUGCUGAGUAUGGUACACGAGAAGAUGUCGAGAUUCUCUUUCCUUUCACCUCUCCCAUUUCAGCUGUGGCCAAUUGGACCGUUGAUGGAAUCAUUGAGCAUGUGGAGAUGGAAAUCAAGCAACUUCAGGAUGGUAGUUUUGUGAAAAAGAAGAUAUCUGACAUAAAACAACAAGCGGAUGAAGCAUUUAAGAAGCAGGAUUAUCAAAAUGCAUCAGUGUUCUACACGCAGGCACUGAAGAUGGAUAGCUUCGACGCCAAGCUGUUAUCAAACAGGAGCCUCUGCUUGCUUCGCAUGGGUGAUGGGCGGGGGGCUUAUGAGGAUGCAACUGAAUGCACAAAGCUGCGCCCGAAGUGGGCAAAGUCACACUAUCGGGAAGGGGCAGCUCUGAUGUUCAUGGAGGAGUACGAUGCUGCGUAUUCCUCACUCUCACGGGCUCUGGAGUUGGACCCGGAAAGCGAAGAGAUCGAGAAACUAUUCUGGGAGGCGAUGGAGCUGAAGUGAUCAUCAUCCCCUGCAUGCAACUGCGGAGGGAAGCUCAGGCAGAAUGGUUGCUCCUUUUUUUGUGUGCGUGUGUUCUCAGACAAAAUACCGAACUUUAAAUUAUGGCGCCUUUCCGUGCGUGGUUACGGAGGGCCGUAGCAUACAUGUUGCUUAGAGCAAAAUAUGUUAUUGGCUAUUUAUUUCUAGUUAUCUGAAACUUGCAUCCUGUUAGGAUAUGGAGGAAGUGUGGCAGCAGUGGAUGAUGAAAAGGCUAACUAUGCUAGAGUGGAAUGUUUUUAUUCAGACCUUGUUGCGACAAGCUGAAAGUUGUAUGGCAGAUGCUAGUCAAAUAGCUUGUUUUACAGGGUUAACUAGAACAAGAAUCAGUAGCCAUCAUGUUGCAGUUUA